AUGUUUUGGCCGCUAUACGAGCAGCUCAAUUUGUUGAUUUUCUCGGUUGCGAAGCAUUCCGCAGUGGUAUCCAGGAUGCAGCACAAAUGGGAAGGACCUUUGCGGAUGUUGCGGCAAAUUCUGGAUACCGCGCUGGGUGUUACUGUUUGGAAGGCGCUCGCUGAUGUGGAUUUUUUCUCCGAUCACAUUUUCAAGGGACUGGCAAUGAUGAUCGUCCAUCUGGAACAGCUUAUACAUUCGCUGACAACAUAUCCUGCCGGACUGAAGCUGAAUGCUCAUUUAAACGCUAUACUGUCGCAGUUCUUCGUAUAUCACAUCUACUUGUGGCAGAGCAAGUACAGUCUUUUCCGCACUGGCAAGCUUUAUUGCAGGUUGGCCAUUUUGUGUAUAACCUCAAUAAAAUCGCUGUGGCGAGUAUUUCGUGGCAAGAAAUAUAACCCGUUGCGCGUGCGGGUUGAUUCAGUGAGGCUCGACACCAGGCAACUCUUCAUCGCCACCUUAUUCUUCAUCAUACUGUUGUUUCUGCUCCCAACAAUACUCGUCUAUUUCUUCGUAUUUUCUCCGGUAAUACUCUCUACACCCUUUGUGAAAUUAUAG